AUGGAAACUCUCGUUCUGUUGGCCGUUCUCUUGUCCCUGGCGGAAGCCUAUUACGGAGGAUAUGGAAGAGGUUACGGAGGAUACGGUGGGUAUGGGGGAUACGGAGGUUACGGUGGAUAUGGCGGUUAUGGAGGAUUCGGUGGAUAUGCACCAUAUGGUGGAUACGGCGGCUACGGUGGUUACGGAGGCGGCUACGGUGGAUACUAGUGAAUGAUUGCAUUUGAAUUCUGGUUUUUAUCUUGUUCUCCGGUGCUUAUGAAUGAAACGUUCCUAUAGAUCAAA